AUGAGCUUGUCAAAAUCAGAGCGAGAGUCUAUUAUAUUAAAUGACGCAAGAGGAAUACAACAUCCUUUCUAUUACGUAAGUCAGAGUAAAGAUGGUAAAAUAUACGUAAGAAAAAGAAAGGUUCCAUUAACGAAUGCAGAAAGCGACAGUAUUAAUGUGCAUGACGGGGGUGAAGAAAAGAAGCCAGAUGUACUUUCAAUAACGAAUCAAGAGCUUAUUGCAAAGUUCGUGAAUUUCAUUGAAAAACAAACCGAGUCAAAGAACCCUGACCCGCCAGUGAAAGAAGUUGAGACAAAAGAGAAUGUACAGUUCAUUGAAAAUGUCAAGAAACAACUUCCACCACGAAUGCCAAGAAGAAGAGUGAGAAUAAUGAAGUAA